CAAUGUGAUUUACAGAUUUUUUUUUAGAUUCUGUCUCUCACAAUGGGCAUGCAUCAGAGAUUAGCCUCACUGUAUGUACAUUUUUUAUUCCACUUAUUUAUUCAUGUGUAUUUAUGACAAAAUGAUGGCAAUUAUGCAUGAAUGCAAAUAUGCAAACUAAUAUGCAUCAUAUUUUCCACAUUCUCACAUGAUGCAUCAGGUUCUUUGGGCUGUCUUCACGUGUCACGGUCGCUGUGACAACAAACCUGACCCUUUAAUUGUUCUCUUCUGCAGAAAGUGGUCAUCAUUUUUCACUGCAAGAAGGGGGGGGUAUCAAAAGCGGGAAGGGAAAGACCAAAUUCCUGCUGGAUUGGAGCAUCCACCGGUGCAGCUGAGCUAUUUUUAGUCGUGAACUACAUCAGCUCUGCCUGCAGACUCUGUAAGGGGAAAUCACCAGCGCGGCUUCGGCUUCAUCCAACCACUGACUUAUCACUAAAGCACGUGAAAGCGAGCAGCAAAGGCGCGUGGACGCACAGGCUUCCCUCCCUGUGAUUUUGGAGGAGCGGGAGGUGUGGGUUCCCGCGUGACGGAGCCGCGCGGGACCACAGGUGACCCACGCUCACGCACUGUCUGGAAGCAAGGCAGGUGGUCCGCGUGCGCGAAGGAAAAAGGGUGAGAGAGAGGAAGGGACGAGAGAAAAAGGGGGAGGUUCGCGCGCGCGCGCGCCGUGGUCGGGCUACUUUUCCUGACGACGCGUCAACCUGUGGAUAGAUGAGGCGCGCGGUGCGCCCACGGACACCCGCUCCCCUCUGACCCUCCGGGAGGACGCCAGUUCGAUUCCCAGCAGGAGGACAGAUGCCGGGAAGUUGAGGGCUCCUGCGCCACCCCCACCUACCCCCGCACACCCCCCCACCCCGCUUUAUGAAUGGCCGGAACAUGGAGGAGAUGCCAUUCGAAAGAGUUCAGACGCGGCGCAGGACGGGUCACUGCCCGGCCGCUGCCCCCCUGGACGCCAUCGCCUGCGAGGACGAGUUCAACAGCCACGAGCUGGAGGCUCUCUUCCAGAGCUACAACCUGAAGCUGGAGCAGACCUCCACCCUCAAGGCGCUGGCGGUCCUCAUCGUGGCCGCGUCGUCGCUGUCCCUGAUGGAGCUGCUCUCCAGCCCGCGGCUCACCCUCUCCAAGGGCUCGUACCCGGUGCACUGCGUGGUCUUCCUCUCGCUCUUCAUCGUCACCAACGUCAAGUACCUGCAGGUGACGCAGCUGCAGCAGAUCGCCAAGCUGGCGCUGCUCUUCAGCUUCACCUUUGCGCUGCUCUGCUGCCCGUUCCCGCUCGCGCUCGGCGCGUCGGAGCCGGCGCGCGCCGCUGCCCCCGAGCAGGGCGUGUGGCAGCUCAUGCUGGUCACGCUGGUGGCGUACGCGCUGCUGCCCGUGCGGACGCUGCUGGCCGUGCUGUUCGGCGUCAUGCUGGCCGCGUCUCACUUCGUUGUCAUCGCCACGUCGUUCACGGGGAGGAAGCAGCGGAUGUGGAGACCGCUGGUGGCCAACGCCGUGCUCUUCACCAGCGUCAACCUGUCGGGCGUGUUCGUGAGGAUCCUCACCGAGCGCACCCAGAGGAAGGUCUUCCUGCAGGCCCGCAACUGCAUCCAGGAGCGGCUGAGGCUGGAGGAUGAGAACGAGAAGCAGGAGCGUCUGCUAAUGAGCCUGCUCCCCAGAAACGUUGCCAUGGAGAUGAAGGAGGACUUUCUGAAGCCGCCCGAGAGGAUCUUUCACAAGAUCUACAUCCAGCGUCAUGACAAUGUCAGCAUCCUGUUUGCUGAUAUUGUGGGCUUCACCAGCUUGGCUUCUCAGUGCACUGCUCAGGAACUGGUCAAGUUGCUCAACGAACUCUUCGGGAAGUUUGAUGAACUGGCCACAGAGAACCACUGCAGGCGGAUCAAGAUUCUGGGGGACUGUUACUAUUGUGUGUCAGGACUGACCCAGCCGAAGGCUGACCACGCCCACUGCUGCGUGGAGAUGGGGCUGGACAUGAUCGACACCAUCGCGUCGGUGGUGGAGGCGACGGAGGUGGAUCUGAACAUGCGCGUGGGUCUGCACACGGGGCGCGUGCUGUGCGGCGUGCUGGGCCUGAGGAAGUGGCAGUAUGAUGUGUGGUCAAACGAUGUCACACUGGCCAAUGUGAUGGAGGCUGGAGGGCUGCCCGGCAAGGUGCACAUCACCAGGACCACUCUGGAGUGUCUGAACGGAGACUACGAGGUGGAGCCGGGCUUUGGCCACGAGAGGCACUCUUUUCUGCAGAAGCACCACAUCGAGACCUUCUUUAUUGUGCCGUCGCACCGACGCAAAAUCUUUCCUGGAAUCAUCUUGUCAGACAUAAAACCAGCCAAAAGAAUGAAGUUCAAGACGGUGUGCUACCUGCUGGUGCAGCUCAUGCACUGCAGGAAAAUGUUCAAGGCUGAGAUCCCCUUCUCCAACGUGAUGACCUGCGAGGACGAUGACAAGCGGAGGGCCCUGCGGACCGCCUCAGAGAAGCUCAGGAGUCGGACGUCCUUCUCGGCGACGGCCGUGCAGCACUCUCCUGCCACCCGAGUCAACCGCUACAUCGGGCGGCUCAUCGAGGCGCGGCAGACCGAGUCAGAGACAUCAGACCUCAACUACUUCACCCUGUUUUACCGCAGCAGAGAACGGGAGCGCAGGUAUCACCAGGUGUACGACGAUCAUUUCAUCAGUGCCGUGGUUCUUUCUCUGAUCCUCGCCACUCUGUUUGGCCUUAUCUAUCUGUUGGUGAUUCCACAGGGGAUGCUGGUGCUGCUGCUGCUGGUGCUGUGUUUGUGUUUUCACGUGGCCUGCGUUUUGUACUUGCAUCUCACCAGCGUUCAGUGCCAACCAGGAUGUCUGACAAUCCAGAUCCGAACAGUGCUGUGUGUCUUCCUCGUCCUGCUCACAUACUCUGUGACUCAGACUUGUGUGGUGGGCAGUGUGCCCUGGGGGAGGGCAGAGAAAAGCACUGGUCGUUUGGCCGCCACUCGGGGGGCGGCGCCUCAGAACGGCACAGCGGUGGACUACAUGACGUACGCCCUUCUGUCCUGCGUGGCCGGCACGCUCACCAUCGUCCCUUACCUCCGCGUGUCAUCCCUUCCCAAAAUCCUGCUGCUCCUCCUCCUCUCUGUCACCUACACUGUCGUCAUGGAAACCAGCGGCUACCGCCAAGCUGUGGGCGGCGGCUUUCUCCACACUCGAGGUUACGACCCCGUGCUGGCUGUUCUACUGUUUUCUGGAGCUCUGGCUCUUCACUCCAGACAGCUGGACCUGAAGCUGCGGCUGGACUAUCUCUGGGCAACCCAGGCGGAGGAGGAGAGGGAUGACAUGGAAAAGGUGAAGCUGGACAACAAGAGGAUCCUGUUCAACCUGCUUCCGGCUCAUGUGGCUCAACACUUCCUCAUGUCAAACCCCAGAAACAUGGAUCUGUACUACCAGUCUUACUCUCAAGUUGGAGUUCUGUUUGCCUCCAUCGCUAACUUCAACGACUUCUACAUCGAGUUGGACGGGAACAACAUGGGAGUCGAGUGUCUGAGGCUGCUCAAUGAGAUCAUCGCUGACUUUGAUGAGCUGAUGGAUAAAGAGUGCUACAGAGAUAUCGAGAAAAUUAAGACCAUUGGCAGCACAUACAUGGCCGCAGUCGGGCUGGUUCCUACUACUGCUUCCAAGGCAAAGAAGUCAAUCACCUCACAUUUGUGCACAGUGUCGGAUUUCGCCAUUGAGAUGUUUGAUGUCCUGGAUGCCAUUAACUAUCAGUCGUAUAACGACUUUGUCCUGAGAGUCGGGAUCAACGUGGGUCCAGUGGUGGCAGGAGUCAUUGGAGCCAGGAGGCCGCAGUACGACAUCUGGGGAAACACCGUGAAUGUAGCUAGCAGAAUGGACAGCACUGGAGUGCAAGGGAAAAUCCAGGUGACGGAGGACGUGCACCGCCUCAUUACCGACUUUUACAAUUUCGUGUGCCGUGGCCAAGUGAGCGUAAAGGGCAAAGGCCAGAUGCUAACCUACUUCCUGGAGGGCCGCAGGCCAGGCAGCCGGCAGCAGCAGCAGCAGACGACCAGCAGCACCCAGCGCCGCUCCAGCGCCUUUGCACAAGGGAGUGUGUGCACAAGGCUAAGCCCCGCCCCUAUCGCAACAUCAUACGGCAACAUCAGGACCCCGAGUCCAAGCGUAGCCACGCCAACCACGUCUACUAGCACCACCAGGUAUCUUCCCUCGGGGAUGGUGUAGCACCACUCUUGGUGAGCAGAAGAUCUGGAGCAAAGCCGCUCCCCACGCUUCUUCUACUGUCCGUGGAACGCAGGGAGGCGGAGACAAGGCGGUCAAAUAGGACACCAGAGACUGGUUUGUCACUUCACACCGUCGGGGGUCUUGAACUAAGACGCAGGACGCUUUCGCCACGUUGCUCUGACAUCCUCAAAGGCCAAGGAUGUCGGCGAGGCGUCAGAGUGGGACCAAACUCUGCCUGCAACCGCAGUCUCUGAAACCAGGAUCAAACCUGAAGCAAUGAUGCACAACUGAUAGUGUAGCACGCAAAUUUCAUUUAGCAGAUGCUGACCCCUUUGUCUUUUAAGUAAAUCAGUGCUGUUGCCUUAGCAACCACUCCUAAAGACAAAUUUUGAUUGCCUUUUUUGUUUUGUUUAACGUUGCCUUUUCUUUUUUGUUGUUGUUGAUUUUUGGACCAGCAGUUCAGAUGAUUUAACAGUGAAUUAAGCCAAAUGUAUAUCAAGUGCUGGCUGUUAAGGGAAUAAAGUUGCCAAAAAAAAAAAAAACACACAACAAAGGCAGGUACUGUCGUCAGGCACCUACGGGUCUGGGAUGUCCCCGCCCCCUUAAACGCAUGAUGCCACUGCUGCAUUCCAGUCCCGUCUGUUUCCCCGUGAUGCUUCCAGACUCUUCCUCAUCAAAGUGUAGCAAUAACGCGGUUUCGUCUCCUAGCUCCGCCCGCCCGCCCCCUGCAUGCGGUCACCUGCUGGACCUGAACGUGUUUUGUAGCCAGUAGAAGUGUGCAUAGCUAGCCAUUGAUCUCAGUGGAGUUGAAGCAUGAUUUAGGAAAAAACAAAACAAAAAAAAAACAUGUCUUCUCUGUGGUGUGGUUCCUACUGCCUCUUCGAAUUCUUCUGUUUUAUUUUUCAGUGGAAUUUUCUACGGUUGGUGGAAUAUUCCACCAACUUGAUGGUGAGAGAGAUAUCUCCGGUUAUCUCCGGUUCCGGACUCAUUGAGGUUUAUUUUAUGACUCAGCAUGCUACUCCGAGUAUGGCUGAGCGCAGCACACACUCUGCAUGCAAGCCCGUGGCUCCUGCAUGCACGCUUUGACGAUGCGGGUCGAGCGUCGGGCGCUAAAGUGACUCUUCUCUCCGUGGUCCUCAUGCAUGCACUCAAGGUAGCGGUUCCUCUUGAAUGUAAGGUGCUUUUUAUUGACACGUGUCUUCGCAAGCGAAUUCUGUCCAAGGACACAUUUCAGGAUCGACGGGCAUCAGGCCGGAGGAGGGGGGGAAUCCCGCCCACCCCCCCACUUCCACCUGCUGUCAGUCAACAGGUAGCUGGUUCUCAAACGUGCCAACCUAUUUUCAUAAACAUAUCAGACUACUUUUAUUGUGUCGAGCUGUAGCACAACUGAGUGCCUGUGGCUACGGUUUCUGUGGACUUGCCUGCGUGGAAUGCCUGUGUUUUUACUGUUUGAGCUGUUCUUUAAAGAGUUUUGUAAAACAAUCGCGAGGUGUCGACUUUGCAGGGAUUUAUGGGGACACCAUAAACUCCUAUUUAAGGACAGAGCUGAAAUCUUGAAGUCCGGGAAACUUUCUUUAAAGUUAAAAAUGAGGAUUUUUUAUACAUUUGAUGGAUCGACAAUGGAAGAAGUUGCGUGUAAUAUUUUUUUUUGUGUAAAUUGGAUAUUUUCAUACUGUACAAUACGGGUUUCAAUUGUUAUAUGUAGGCAUUAUCGGCUAUAUUUGUCUUUUUCAGAGAUAUAUUAGGAUUAAUCUCAUAUUUGUCAAGUUCUUUGGGUUGAAGAUGUAUUUAUGGAGAUGUUUUAUGUGAAUGUACAUUUUGUUAAAGACGGUAUUUUAUACUAAGUGUUUGCACUGCAAGAAUAUUGACGUAUUAUAACAAUAAAGUCAGUGGGAAUGCAAUUCCUGCAGAAAAAUAACAAA